AUGACCAUGCAGGUGGUAAUCGAGUACGGCAAGGGCGAUGUCAACCAGUUCCUCGCCCUGGCAGACGAGAUUGAGGAUGCCUUCCCUAAAUUGGUGGUAGAAGGCCAAGAGAACUUGGAGCUUCAGAAGACUCUCAGCGUGGCACUAGAGGGGGAAGCAAGCAUCUGGCAGGCGCCGCUGCCAAUUCCAGAUGCAUCUGACUUGCUCAAAGUGCUGCAGGCAGAGCUGGAAAAGCCCCUGCCGUCUGCCGGCGACACGAGCGCUUGGACUGAAAGCUGGUACUGA